UUGCGUUUUAAUUUUGAGAUAAACUAAACAGCUGAUUUUAUCUGAAAACUGCAUGUUUUAACUAUUGGUUUAUAAUUUUACAGUUUUUCAGUUUCUCAACUCACGUUACGAAAAUCUUCGGCUCCUAAGCUUUAAGUUCUGAAAUUUAAAAGCUUCAUUUUCCUACUAAAAAGACAUAGCCAGGAGACAAAAUGAGCGAUCCAUUUGAAUGCUGUAUUUGUCUGGAGACGCUUGUGAACCCAAAAGCUUUACAUUGUGGUCACUCGUAUUGUUCAACUCCGAAAGACUGCCUGCGUAUAGUUCUGACUAGUGACCCUAGAAAGUGUUCAAAAUGUCGAAAACCGAUUGCUGCCAGGAUUAGAAACGAGAACGACUUAUCGGUCAAUUACGAUUUGAAAACCGCAAUUGAAGCAUUACAACAGAGCACAUCAAGUGCUGUACAAGACAACCAAGCUGGACAAGACGUUUGCAGUGUUCACAAAAAAGCGAAGAGAGUCUACUGCAAGAACUGCUCGACCGCUAUUUGCGAAGAUUGUUGGAGCCAGAGUCAUGUAGAGCACCACGUUGUUCCGAUAAACUCAGUGCUCAAAGACUUAACUACAGCAUCAAACGAAUCUUGGAAACAUGUUGAACAGUAUCAAAACAAUUACCAGCGAUUGGUGACAAAUUCUGUUGAUCUAAACGAGGAAAUCGUCUCUAAUAUUGAAAAACUCGAAAAGUUGAUGGAGCUGAAACACAAAAUGCAAAACGCACGGAAUGUUGGAAAUUUCCAUGCAUUCGAGAAAAAGUCUUUACAGGAACUGAAUGAACAGAAAAAAAAGGUUGAGCAUAUGAAAUUAAGCAUUUCAGAGUUGUCUAACUCGUGCACUGCGGUUGAAAACAGUUUGAACAAAGCGAUAGAUACUUUCAAUCAAUGCAAAAACACGGGAAAAUCUCAGUUGACGGCCAGCUCAUCAGCAUUGACCAGAAAAGCAAGGACGAUCGGGGCUAAAACUUGGCAGCUUAGAGAUAUUCGCAAAGGCAGUGCAACCACUGAUACCUUUUUAUACCUAUUUCAGUCUCAGUUUUGUUCGCAAACUCAGGAAGUAUUUGCUUUUGAUAGAUCAGACGCAGUGUUGGUUUUCAAAGUUCAAGGAGAAUCUAUUACAAUGGACCGAAAACUGUCACUGUCAAAUCAAAGUAUUGGAGGCCGAUUUUGUAAAGUGUCGACUGAUAUUGGUCACUAG